UCGAGCUUUAAUUAUUCAGUGAAAAGAAUAAAAUUAAAUUCAGUGAAAAUGGAUAUGGACGAAGAGGAUUUUGUGUUCUAUGGUACGCCGAUAGAACGUGAAGAAGAGCUCACUAGUCGCAAGAAGAAAGCCGUCGCCGAGGCCUCCGGUCACCUUCGAACCCUUCCUUCUUGGAAACAAGAGGUUAGAGAUGAAGAAGGUCGAAGAAGAUUCCAUGGAGCAUUUACUGGGGGAUUCUCUGCUGGUUAUUACAAUACAGCGGGCUCAAAGGAGGGUUGGACUCCUCAGUCAUUUACUUCGUCCCGGAAAAACAGAGCUGAAUUUAAACAACAAAGCAUUCUUAACUUUCUAGAUGACGAUGAGAAAGAUGAAUUGGAAGGUCGAUCCUUGGGGACAUCAUCUGAGUUUGAUACAUUUGGAUUUACGGCUGCUGAAUAUGCUCGUAAACAAGCUGAGAAGGAGCAGCAACAAAGGCCAUCAGCUAUUCCUGGACCUGUUCCUGAUGAACUAGUUCUUCCAGCUGCAGAGUCUAUUGGUAUAAAAUUGCUGCUGAAGAUGGGAUGGAGACAUGGUCAUUCAAUCAAGGAUUCACAUGCAAAUUCGCUGUAUGAUGCUCGUAGAGAAGCUAGAAAAGCUUUCCUAGCAUUUUCUUCUGAUGAUGCAAAAGAACAUCUUGCUGAUUCUGAACCUGGUGAGGAUGACCCUGGAAGCUUAGAGCAGUCUGUUAGUGAUGGUGUUCAGACUUCUCAAAGCACACCUGUUUUCGUACUCAACCCAAAGCAGGAUUUAUACGGCUUAGGGUAUGAUCCAUAUAAACAUGCUCCUGAGUUCAGAGAGAAGAAAAGAUCACGUGUAUCUGAUAGCAGAGGGUCAGGGAAUAGAAAAGCUUUAUUAAAGAGAGAUGAUCUUUUUGGUUUCAAGUCAGGAAAGGCUGCUCCUGGCUUUGGCAUUGGUGCACUUGAAGAAUAUGAUGCUGAAGAUGAGGAUGUCUAUGCAACUGCUUAUGACUUGGAAGAAACUUAUGUACAAGAAGUUGAAGAACCUUCAAGAUCCAGCACAGACCAUAAGCCAAAAUUGGUCUGGAAGGAGCAAGGUGUUCUGUCUGGAUUUAGAAUUGCAUCAAAUACUGAUUACCAGUUGGAAAGGUUUCAACCCCCAGCAAUUCCAGAGGAUUUUGUUCCCCACCAUAAGUUUCCCAGUCCCCUUGAGUCUGAUAACAAGCAAACUGUUCCUGCUCCGCCUGAGGUUGCUCCUCCAGUUGAUAAUAAUAUGAAACUCUUAAUUGAAGGGGUUGCAACUCUAGUUGCUAGAUGUGGUCAAUUAUUUGAGGAUCUUUCCAGGGAGAAAAAUAAAUCAAAUCCUUUAUUUAGUUUUCUUAAUGGAGGAAAUGGCCAAGACUACUAUGCUAGGAAGUUGUGGGAGGAACGGCAAAAACGUAAUGAUCUCAAGCAUCCAAUUUUGGAUGGGAAAUCAUCUCCAAGUGUUCAGAAGAUGACUGCUGAGAGCCGUGGAAAAAUAUUAGGGGAAAAACCCUUAGAAAGAAGCUCAAAAGAUUUAAGCUCAUCUGUUGUGUCUGCUGAUGUUAAUCUCCAAUUUAAUCUUUCAGAUACAUUUACAAAACCUGCAUCUUUUGGUGAGUUUCCUGAAGUGGCAAAGCCUUUCAAAGAUGAUCCUGCAAAGCAAGAAAGAUUUGAGCGGUUUCUCAAGGAAAAGCACCAAGGAGGACUUCGUUCUGUGAAUUCUGCCGGAGCAAGCCAUAUGUCAGAAGCAGCUCGUGCACGCGAAAGAUUGGACUUUGAGUUUGCGGCCGAGGCAAUAGAGAAAGGGAAGUGGAAUAAGGAAGACAAACUCUCUAUACAACAGUUUCUGGAGUUUUCGGCUAGUGGUGGGAUGCAGUUCACCUCUGCUGGAUUGGAGCCAGGUAGAGAUACUCAUGCUGAAGAUCCAGCAAAGAAGAAAAUUUACCCCAAAAGGGAAGAAUUUCAGUGGCGUCCUCUACCUGUUCUAUGCAAGCGGUUUGAUCUAAUUGAUCCUUAUAUGGGGAAGCCACCACCACCUCCACGGAUGAGAAGCAAGAUGGAUUCUUUAAUAUUCACGUCAGAUUCUGUGAAAGCCACAAAAUUGGAGGAAACUGUUACUGCAAAUAGAGAUCAAUUUUCAGCGCUUCAAUCUGAUAUGCAACAAAUACGCAAAAUUGUAGAUGAUGAGGAAAAGGAAGUCGAGGUAGAAGUGGAAAAUGUGGAGAGACCAGUUGACCUUUACAAGGCUAUUUUCUCUGAUGAUUCUGAUGAUGAGGUUGAAACCCUUGCGGUCAAUAAAGCGGAGGAUUCAGAGAAAAAGGUUGAAGUGGCUCAUACAACAUUAAAUCGUCUGAUAGCAGGUGACUUUUUGGAAUCAUUAGGGAAAGAACUGGGGCUAGAGGUUCCUCCUGAUAUGCCAUACUCAACAAAUAAAACCAAGAUUUCUGCUUCUAAGAAAGAAUCAGCUCUUGCCGAUUCUGAGAAUACACCCUCUGCUAAUACUAAUAAUCAACCCUCUAGAGCUGAAGAGGUUGUCCAUCCCCAGGAAAGCACUAAAGGGACCGAUUCCCAAAAGAAUGAAUCUGGUCAUGGUAAUCCACUGAAUAUUAGUAGCAAAUAUGCAGAACUUGGUCCAUCUGACGAUAAUAUACCUGGUAAACUUGAGCUUGAAAAGAUAGUUCAAGAGGAUAGGAAAGCUAAAUCCCCUCCCAGUAACCGCCGAAAACCAACCAGCAGUUCAUCAGAUGAUGAAAGGAGCAGGAAACGCUCCAGGCGACAUCGGUAUAGUAGUAGUGACUCAUAUAGUGAUUCAUCCAGUGAUAAUCAAAGUCGGUACCAUUCAAGGUCGAAAGGAAGGAGGAAAGGAUCCUCUCAUGAAAAGAAAAGCAGCAGCAGAAAACAUUCAAAACACCACAAGCAUAGAAGCAGGGACUCUCCUAGCCGAUCUCAUUUUGGUUCUGAAAAAGAUCGUUCGGGAUCCAAGAGAGAGAAGCGGAAGUGGAGGGAUUGAAUUUCCUUGUACUAAAGAAAUCAGCCACCAAUGUUUUUGAUCGAUGGAUUUCUUAGCAGGUUUUUAUGUUUAAUUCACUUUAUUACUGGAGAUCGAAAUGUGCUGGUGUGCAACCAUGUAUUUUGUGCAUCAUGGUAGAAAUUAGUCAUAUUCAUUGUAAGAAAUGGAAAUGGGAGAAUAAUGAGAAAGCUUUGCUUAGUUUCUCCUGUAUCUAAAAUGAAUUUCGUUCUACUUAUCAAGUUACGAGUCUUAUGACCAUCAUUUAGAGGGAUUUUAGUAGAGAAAACAUGAGCCUGUAGCCUCUUUCCGGUAUUUGUGGAUAAAAUAUGUAAAAUCACUUAUAUGAUUUUUGUUUUAUUUGAA